AUGAAGAAUUUGGAGAUGAUGAUAGGCCAACUUGCAACGGUUGUGCAAACCAGACCCCAAGGAACUAUUCCAAGCACCACGAUAACGAACCCAAAGGUUAAUGAGCAAUGCAAAGCAGUCACAUUGAGAAGUGGGAAAGAGCUAAAGAGACUUGGAGAGAAAGUGGUACAUAGUGGCCCAAACAUCUUGCACGCAGGGGCGGACAAGUUGUUAGGCUCACAAACCUCGCACGCAGGGGCGGACGAGGGGAGUGAGCGGGCCACUACAGAAACUAGAGAUGGUCUACAAGAUAAAGAAGAUGCAAGUCGGCGUGAUACGAAGAAGAAGAAGUCGUUGAGUCCGGCAAUGGAUCCGAAGAGUCCAUUUAAUUUUCCAGAUUUUAUACCGCCGCCUCCUUUCCCAAUCGAGAAGAAGAGAAAGAAAAUAAUUCAAGAGAAGGGACUCGAUUGGAUGAUGAAUAUUAUUAGGAAAGUUAAUGUAGAUGUGUCCUUGGUGGAUUUGUUCCUACAUUUUCCUAAAUUCUCCAUGUUUUUCAAGGACCUUAUUGCGAAAAAGGAGAAGAUACAAGAUGAUGGUGUGGUGAUAUUGAGCGCAUUUUGCUCACAGUUUGUGAAGGGAAAGAUGCCGGCUAAGAGAAGAGAUCCCGGAAGUUGUGUGAUCCCGUGUGAAAUGGGAGAUAAGAAGUUCCCAAAGUGCCUACUUGAUCAAGGCUCGGGAAUAUCAUUGAUGGCUUUGAAAACUGCGAGGUCAAUCGGUCUUGAAGCAAGGAUUGAACCAAUCGACAUUGACCUUCAGUUGGCGGAUCAUUCAAUUGUUAAGCCUAAAGGAAUCAUCGAGGAUGUCUUGGUAAAGGUGGAUAAAUUUAUACUCCCGGUUGACUUCAUUGUCAUAGAGAUGGAAGAGGACAAGGACAUGCCUAUUCUCUUUGGUAGGCCAUUUUUAGCAACCGGUGAUGUUGUGAUUGAGACCAAGACAAAUACGGUCAUGUUUCGAGUUGAUGGGGAGAAUGUUGUGAUUGAGCAGGAGAAGGCGAAGGGGCGCCUAUUGGAGUUUGGAUAG